UCGACUGCUAGAUCGGAGUCGAGAGGGCUUUGGGUUAAUUUCUCACGUUCGGAUCCCGUGAGAAUUGAGGAGUACAGUUUCUCAUUUAAAAUGAGCUAAUAGUGUGAUCUCUAGUUUAAUUCCAGAACUUAUCCUAAUAACAUUGGGUUUGUUCUGGUCCUUAGCUAAAGUGCGUUGUAGGAGUGAGUAAGCAAUCUCUGGUUUGCUGUGGCAGGGUUUAGGGUUUUGCUGUGCUUUGUAAAGUAUAUUCUUUAUUUAUAAUGUUUACUCGGUAUCACAAGUUGAAAGAUUUGCUUUUCGGCCGGUACCUGUGGGCUACCAAUACUGUUAGUUGUGGAAUUCUUCUAACUGCUGGAGAUAUCAUACAACAAAGGAUUGAACUAUUCACCAACUCUAGUCAAACCAAUGAUUCUAUCGAUGUUGAUAGAAUAGGUCGAAUGGGAACGGUUGGUCUGGUUCAAGGACUACCAAAUCAUCUUUGGUAUACGUGGCUGGAUCGAAUUCUCCCAGGAAGAACUCUAACAACUGUUGGUAAAAAAAUUGUGGCAGAUCAAUUGAUUUGCUCUCCCAUCUCAUCGGCAUCGUUCUUCGUUGGUGCCGGGAUGUUAGAAGGCUGUUCAGUAUUGGAAGGCUGGGAAGAGUACAAAUCAAAGUUCCUUUUUGUAUAUUUAACAGACUGUAUCGUCUGGCCGCCUAGCCAAUUGAUCAACUUUUUACUAGUUCCGGCUGUCUAUCGAGUUCUCUAUGUCAACGUUUUUACCGUAGCUUGGAAUGUGUUCCUUUCCUACGCGAAACAUUUUGACCGAUUGAAACUUAACGAAAAAGUUGAUCUUUAUCCUACCAGCCACCACAAGCGGAAGGAAAACGUAGAAAAAUGAAAUCUCAUUCAUGUAGAAAUAGUUGUAUUUAUGUAAAAUUGCACAUCGAACAAAUGCAAGCACUCUGACGAUGAAUACAAGUGACGAUUGGCACACAUACAAUUGCCAAAAAGUUGCUUGCCAGCGA